GGGGACUUUACCACCUUAGACAUGGACAAAUCUUAUUAUCAUGAAUCAUCUAUCUCGGGAACUCUGUUACAAGUUGAUAUUAAUCAUACCACAUCCUAUGAGAAACCUCUGGCUUUGAAUACCAUGGAGGUUUAUAGCUCCGAGCUCGUACCAGGAGUUGAAUCUUCCUUAGCACACAUCAAAGAAUUUUUUCAGAUCACUAUGUCUCAAGGGGUAGACUCACUUUCUCAAUUUUUAAUCAAAGAAUUCGAAAGAAUUGUUGCUUCUUUUGAUAACCGAGACAAUCUGAAUAACAAACCUGCUAAUGAAGAAAAAGCUACCUACUGUGCACACCCAGAUGUCAGGGUUUCGAGGGACAUUUUCUCAGGUAACCAGUACACAGAUGCUUUUGAUUGUGAAGGUUUUUUGGGCGAG